AUGUACCGGCGACUCUCGCCACACCUACGGCAGUCCGUCGCCGCCAGCAGCAGCACAAGAUGCAGCCCGAUCCUCUCGCGGGCACUCCACACCGAGAGGCCCCGCGGCACUGCAGCUGGGAGUCCGAAGCAGUACGGUGUUCUAAAAGGAUUGGCCGGUUCUAGGGCAGUGAGGACGCAGUUUAGGGGGUGUACGCCGGCAAGGACGUGGGUGAGGGAGACGAGUACGGUGGGGUAUAAUAAGACGGGGUAUAUUGACCUGGCGCCGGGUGAAGGGCUGCUGUUUUUCGAUAACAUCUUCCCGCUCAAGACCGCCGUCUUCGACAUCCGCUACCUCAUCACCCGCCUCGACAAAAUCACCGCCAUCAUCCCGCGCAUCAAGGACGGCGGCGCCUUCGUCAAAUACACCUCCACCUCCCCGGCCGCCGUCGAAGCCGCCGUCUCACAGCACCUCAAGGACAACGCCAUCAAGCCGUGGUACUCGCCGUUCGCGCGCGUCAAGGCCUAUGCCGUCCAGGGCAAGCCGUGGCUCGAGGACCUGCGCAUCUUCCCCACCACCAAGAUCAAAGUGGAGUUCACGGGCGGCGACGGCGCCCUCUCGCAGGAGCAGCUCUAUGUCCUCUUUAGACGAUACGGAAAGAUCGUGGAUAUAGUCCCGCAGCCGCCGGCGUCGAAGGACCUGCCGCACUACGCCACGGUACAGUACUCGACCAUCCGCUCGGCCACGGCGGCACGCAACUGUCUGCAUGGGUUUGUGGCGGCGGGGACGCAGACGGCGACGGGGAAGGAGGUGCCGCUCACGCUGCGCAUCCUGUAUGAGCGUACCAUGAAGGCGCACUGGAUCCGCGACUGGCUGUUCUCGCAUCCGAGGAUUGUGUUACCGAUUGUGGCGGCGAUAUUGGCGGCGGUCACGGUCGCGAUAUUUGAUCCAGUGAGGACGUGGUUUAUUGAGGCCAAGAUUACGAGGGCGUUGAACUUUACGGAGUCCUCGUAUUGGGUCAUGAUGAAGAAGUAUACGGUGGGACAGCUGCCGAUCGGGCGGAAGCAGGAGACGAUGAAUGACUUGUGGGCCGUAUGGGAUGAGCGCAUAGAGUCCGUGAACCAGCUGCAGGCCUGGCUGCGCGAGACGGUCGAGACAUUCAUCGUAGUCCAGGGCCCCCGCGGAUCGGGGAAGAGGGAUCUGGUCGUCGACACGGUCCUCAAGGGCCGGAAAAACGUGCUUGUGAUUGACUGUGAGCCCAUUAACGAGGCGCAUGGCGACAGCGCUACUAUUGCGGCGGCCGCUGCACAGGUGGGAUAUCGCCCGGUGUUCUCGUGGCUGAACACGAUCAGUAGUCUCCUUGACCUUGCGGCACAGGGGACGCUGGGGAGCUCCACGGGCUUCAGCCAGACGCUGGAAAUGCAGUUUAAUAAGAUCCUGCUGAACACGGGGACGGCGCUGAAAAGGAUUGCGCUGAAGGAUAAGGGCGAGUCGGAGAAGGAUAUGGGCCUGAGUGAUGAUGAGUAUCUCAGCACUCACCCGGAGAAGCGGCCGGUGGUGGUCAUUGACAACUUCCUGCACAUGGAGGGGAACAGCAUCAUCUACGAGAGACUAGCCGGCUGGGCCGCCCUCCUCGUCUCCGCAAACGUAGCCCACGUAAUCUUCCUCACCAACGACACCACCUUCGCCAAAUCGCUCUCAAAGUCGCUCCCCGACCGCGUCUUCCGCUCCAUCCUCCUCGGCGACGCCGCCCCCGAGUCUGCAAAACGCUUCGUCCUAAAACACAUCAACGACGAGCUCUCCGGUGCCGGCAACGAGAAGGCCCUCGCCGAGCUCGAGAGCUCAAUCCAGGCCCUCGGCGGCCGCCUCACCGACCUCGAGUCCCUCGCCCGCCGCAUCAAGACCGGCGAGUCUCCCAAGAAGGCCGUGCAGGAGAUCAUUGAGACCUCGGCUGCGGAGAUCUUGAAGCUGUAUUUCCUCGAGGAGGCCGGGUACAGGAAGAAGCGCACGUGGGCGCCGGAGCAGGCGUGGUACUUGGUCAAGGCGCUGGCGGAGCAGGGCGAGAUCCCGUUUAAUCAGGUGGUGAUCCAUGAUCUGUUCCGCUUGGAUGAGGAGCCGGUGCAGAACUUGGAGCAGGCGGAGAUGAUACAGAUUGUGGUUAAUAAUGGUAGGCCGUACUCGGUGAAGCCGGGAAGACCGGUGUAUCAGGCGGCGUUUCAGCGGCUGCUGGAGGAUAGGGUGCUGACGGCGAAGAUGGAUCUGGUGAGCUUAAAGGCCAUCGUGAAGGCGGAGGAGACGGUCAUGGAGAAGGCGGAGAAGGAGUUGGAGGUGUUGGCGACGCUGCAGAAGCAGCCGAAGGGGAGGGUGGAGUGUUUGUUGGAGAGGGUGGCGGUUGCGCAGGCGAAGGUGGCGGAGGCGGAGAAGAAGAUUGCGGUGUUGAAGAAGAUGCUGAGGACGGAGUAUUAG